AUGAGCGGACGGUGUGGUGAAUGCAUUGUGCGGAGCGGAGUGGGAUGUGUGUUUCCUUCUGGGGUUGUUGGUGCUGCUCGGCAUCGUCUCCAUUGCAAGGCACGUUGCGUUAUGGCGCAUGCAUCCACACUGCAGUUCAUCCAGGCAGCGCCAUGGCUGGGCCUCAUGCCUUGCCCCAACCACAGCCAUCUGCUGCAACUUCUCAGAAUCAACCCCUCUGACCUGCUCUGUCGCCCCUCCUGCCCCUAUUCCCUUCUCUUUUCCCACCAUUCCCCAACCCUCCCCUCUUACUCCCCAUGCCAGGCACAUGCAUCCACGCUGCAGUUCAUCCAGGCAGCGCCAUGGCUGGGCCUCGUGCCCUCCCCCAGCCACAACCGCCUGCUGCAGCUGCUCAGAGUCAACCCCUCCGACUUGCCACUCCUCCUGCCUCCAUUCCCUUCUGUUCUCCCCAACCCUCUCUCUUCUCCCCCCUCCUCCCCUACCACCGCCCCUUUCUCCCCCCAUCAGGCCCAUGCAUCCACGCUGCAGUUCAUUCAGGCAGCGCCCUGGCUGGGCCUCGUGCCCUCCCCCAGCCACAAUCGUCUGCUGCAGCUGCUCAGAGUCAACCCCUCCGACCUGCCUCCCCACGAGGCCUUCACCCCCAGGGGCCUCCGCCACCGCUCACCCCGCCACCGCCCCUCCCACGAAUCACGCCGAGAAACAAAGGGCGGUGGAUCAACAAGGGCGGAAGCAGCCUGGGCAUCUGUGGCCCGUGGAGCUGCUGGUGAUGCUGCUGCUGAUGACGAUUGUCGUGGUGAUGCUGCGGCGGGCCCUCCUCCUCCGCCUGCCCCCCCAGCGGCACCUCUCACGGACCUGCUGCAGCGGGUGUGUGCCUCCGUGCCCGUGGUGCGCUCCUCCAUGCUCGGCAUGCUGCAGGCUGCUCAGGUGGCAGCGGCACCUCUAACGGACCUGCUGCAGAGGGUGUGUGCGUCCGUGCCAGUGGUGCGCUCCUCCAUGCUCGGCAUGCUGCAAGCAGCGCAAGUGGCAGAGGCCAUCUACUGGGGCAGCGUGCAGGCAGACAGUCUCUUCGCUCACGCCCUCUCAAUCCUCUCCACCUCUCUCCACCCCUUCCUACCGCUGCUCGCCCCCCCGGUGGAGCCCUGGGCGGCCAAGGGGCGGAAACCAAGGGAGUUUCACCACCUGCACUCGCUACUGCUCGCUCUCAUAUGCCAAAGACAAGCAACGUCUGCCACAGCCACAGCAGCAACAGAAGCAACGUUGCCUGCACUGGGAACACACGCAGACGGCCACGCCAGAACACCAGACACCAACAACACCGCUCCCUCCUCUCCUUCACCUCAUUCCUCAGCUUACAACACUCCCGCCCACUCUCUCUCCUCCUCCUCCCCCUUUACUCCCCCCAUAGCACCUCUCACCGCCACCCCUACCUCACACUCUCUCAAUACCCCCCAAUCUCUCCCCUUAACAGUCCCCCAUUCAGGCCCCCUCCCCUCCUCCUCUCCAGCCAACCUUCCCGAACCUAGCUCAAAAUCCGGCCCUCUAACUCGUCCUUCCAGGCCUGGAGGCUCGGCCGCAGGCCAUACCGAACGUGCAGGCUCAGCAGAAACCUUUCCCGGGGCAGGAGGGAUGGGGAGAGGGAGGGGAGAAGAGGAGGGGGAUGCAGUGGUGUGGGGGGGGAGUGUGGUGGUUCAUUUUCUGGGGCAGCAGAGGCGGUUUGAGCUGGAUGAUCCAUGCUGGCAUGCUGUGGCUGUGAGCGAUUAUGAGAGCAUUUGCAGCGGUGGUGAGGGGUUAGGUGGUUUCGGUGCUGGUGCUGAUGGGGGAGGAAGAGGGGGAGGAGGGGGGGGAGGGGUGAUGCUUGGGGUGAUAGGGAGUGCGGAGAGGCAGCGGGGCAAGAAGGCAGCGGCAGCAGCAGCAGCGAGAGAGGCAGAGGCACGGCUUCAGCAACUUAAAGCCCAGGCAACCGCUUUUGUGGAGAAUGCAAGGCGAUUGCAGCAGGUCAGCCAGCAGGCAUUCAUCCUGUUUGCCGCCCAGGCUCCUCUGCCGCCCAAAGCUGCCAGGGUGUGUGGCGCUAAUGGCCUUCCCACUGCCACCUGCUUUCCCACGCCGCCCUUUGGCUCGUCUGCCCCUCCUUCUGCGGACUAG